UAGAACCCUACAAAAAGCGUAACAGAGUCGUCUCCACCAUCUCCUCGAUUGUUCCGGUUUGCAAUGGCUACACAGAGCAACAAAGAGAUCUUCUUGGGUGGAUUAAAGAAACUCUUUAAAGAACAAUGGCAAGUAGAUGUACUCCUCAAGGCAGGAGACAGUGCUAAGGGUGCAACUAUCUCCGCUCACAAACUUGUUCUGGCAUCAAGAUCAAUGGUGUUGAAGAAGAUGAUGGAAUCAGACGAGUUGAAGUCUUCAUCUAAGCUAGAGACAGUCACCUUCUCCGAGAUGAAACACGAAGAGCUUGAGGCUUUAGUUCAGUUUAUUUACAGUGUUGAUGGCUCCAUUACUUCUGAAACUCUCAAGAAACAUGUUAGGUCACUCUAUCUUGCAGCAGACAAGUAUGAGAUUCCGCAUCUGCGUGACAUUUGUAGAAACCAGCUUAUAUCAUCUCUUAACGCGUCCAACGCUCUUAACAUCCUUGAGCUAGCUCAAAUCCCUUUUGACAAAGCCCUUAACGAUGCGGCUUUCACUGCUAUCAAGAACAAUAUAAGCACCAUUGCUAGCUCUGCUGAGUUCAGGUUGUUUGUUGUCAACCAUCCAGAUCUUUCUGUGGAGAUCAUGAAGGCUUCUCUUAUUUGGCCUCGUACUAGCUGUCAUUUUUGUAGUAGUAGCUUCCGCUACUAGGCGAGUGGAUGCAGCUAAAUUAAUAAUUGAAGAUUUUUAACACUAGCCUGGUGAUCCUACUACUUUGCUUUUGAAUGUUUGUAGAGUUGGUUAUGACCUUUCUUUAAGAAGAAAAAAGAUUGUAUUAGCCAUGUACAAACUAUCUCUUUUGGUCAUAGGCUGCAGCUGGUCUCCUCUGUUAU